CUAUACAAGUGACAUUCCUUAAGCUUCGGUUGGCUUCAAUUUAUCUCAAUAUCAGAACAGACAAUAGCAUAGUUGCUAUGUCAUUUCCAGAAGGCUUUCAAAUCACCUUCAGCGACGUGCCAACCGAAACAGCGGCCAGUGGCACUUCGAUACUUCUUCCAAGCGGCAGAAUACAGUGCCUCCUCUCUACUUCUAAUGACCCUGACCAAUGGUUAGAAGCAGCCGUAGGAAGCUUUGAUAUUGGUAUGGAUAUCUAUACCAGACCAGAUGAUUGGAAAUCUCUUGGUGAAGCACAAUCCCGUUUCAUCGAAGAGCAGGAUUCAAUGACUCGGCGUGUGCCCUUUAUCUAUGAAAAAGGAACACCAGUUGUAUCAGACCGUCUAUGGAGAGGAGAAAAGAAGCCCCCACUCUCCGCAAGAAGCUCUCAAACGGAUCAGAGAAAAGCCGAACUUCUAUUGAUCUCGAUGAGCAGCUUGGACUCUAGUAGUAUUGAUGAGUCUGAUGAGCCAAAAAGUGGUACAGAAAGUGACGGUUAUUACAGUGAAGAGGACCUUAUAGACAUUUCCGGCGUAUUGGUGGGCAUAUCCCGGGACAAGUCCAUGCCCCUCAAUUCGAACUCUCGCAGGUUGGCAAUAUUUCGUGCCCAAUCGCCUUUCCUAAAAUCUCACAUCGAUCUCUUAGGAAGCUCGGAUACCUCUGC